CUCCGCUCUCUUCUCUUUCUCUUCCUCUCUCUUUUUUUUUUCUUCUUCUACCUCUUCUCCGUUUUUUUUCUCCUCCAUCAUCACUUAACCAGACCACUGUUCAUCUUCUUCUCUACCGAAGGUGAACCAGCGGUGGCCGUUUUAGUUUCUCCCCCGGUGAUCUCACUCCUCUCGUUCUUCCUAUCUCUUUAUCUCCUUGGUACCUUCUUUUCACUUUUCAUUUCCUCCUCCAUCAGGUUUCAGUCACGUUUCUCCACUAUUCAUCGCCCCUUUCGGUGAGAACAGAGGAGUUGCAGCGACGCAACUCCACCCCUAUCCCCAUUCAAUUCUAGAAGAAACCCAACCUCUUCCGUCUUAUUUCUUCCUCUCGUAUUCUUUCUUUUCGCCCUACUGCCGUUCUUUCGCCAUCCUAAUCAUCAGUAGAACUCUUGCCCCGUGAUCUCUACAUUGGGACUGGACAGAUUACCGGGCAGUGAUCGGAAAAUCCACCAUUGCUUAGAGAGACUGGACCUGGAAAUUCGGCUCGUUAUUACCAGCCUUCACGUUACCAGUCGCGGAGUCCAUCCCUGUGCAAAGGCGAGCAACCCGAAGAGAGAAGUCCGUUGAAAUCCCGCCUCUGUUCUCCACCUUUUCAGAUCGAGAUUCCCCCUGUUCGAUCAAUUAAACUUGAGCCAGUAUCCAAUCAGGCAAAAAAUUCAAUCCCAGCUAAUCAUUCUUUUCUCAUCAAACUUCCGGUCUCAAGCAUCAGUCGCCAACAUCAUACAGGGAAAGAAAUCAGAAACAAUAAAUACUCUAGUCUUCUGUUGCUAUAUUUCAUCGCAGGCCACAUCCAAUUUGGAUGUGAUGAAUGAUUGUUGACAAAGCAAGGCAACCAUCAAUAAUUCUUUCUACUUUGGGAAAUUUUCAAUAAACCAUGGAACAUUGCAAGUGAAAUUGUCUAAUAAGCAGUUGAUAAGAAUUCCAAGUGUUGGACUUUGGUGGUUUCUAUGCUUUUUAGAGUUCCAUUCAGAUUUCAGCUGAUAAGGUUUCGGAGAUAUGCUGGUUCUUACCAUGAAUUCAAAGAGGCAGAGACGCCCAAAUGUUAGAUUGGGAGAGAUAGGAGAUGUUUCUACGACCUUUACUUGUUGUUUUUCUCAGAAAGCUAAGGAAAACUUAGAAGAGAAGACAUGGAAACAAGAGCUGGAGAACUCUAGAAAAACUGAUUUUGAUCAUCCCAUUUGUGGGUUCUCCUUGCCAAGGUCAUGGGGGUUCACAUUUUUGGAUCCUGGUGUAUCUUCGAGGGUUUUGUCUGAUACACAGCACAAUAGAGAGAAUAGGAACCCUAAUUCUUCGAAAUUGGUUUCUGAAUUUGCAAGCUCGGAUGAAACUAAUGCAAGUAAACGAAGGUUUGAUUUCGGAACUGUAACGCGGAAGGGCCGGCUCAUGAAGAGGGGACGGAGCACGAGAGGUAACAAUGGUGGUGUUAGCAGCGCUUGGAAUUCCAAGGUUUGUCCUGAAAUUAGUAAUGACAAUGAGAAAGAGUAUAGGGGUGUUGAUUUUGUUGAUUCCACAUCAAAUCCAUGCUAUGACGUCUAUUCUGUUGAGGGGUUCAAGGAUUCAUCGGACCGUGAUACCUCAAAUAUGAGCAAAGAAGCCCAUGGAAGUGAGUGCUUAGAACCUAUUUCGGACUUGCAGGUAAGAGGUGAUUCCGAUGGGUUUUGGAUAGAAGAUGCUUGUAGAGAUGAUGGUACAUUCUAUUCUGAUGAUGGACCCUGUACGAUUCCCAAAGCAGGCCGAGUGGAUGACAAGAUAGGAACCGGUGUUACUAUUGUAGAUAGUGUAAGAAGCUGGUUGGAGGAGUUGGGGUUUGGUAGGUAUGCUGAUAUAUUUGAAAUGCAUGAGGUAGAUGAGGAAGUGCUGCCAUUGCUUACAUUUGAAGAUCUCAAAGAGAUGGGAAUAAAUGCUGUUGGACCCCGGCGAAAGAUGUACACUGCAAUUCAGCAUUUAAGAGGAGGAAUUUCUAUUUGAUAAACUACACCAAAUGGGCAGGUGCUAACAUAAUAUGGCUUAAGCUGGGCAAGCUUUGUGUUUGUCAUGAUCUGGAACUCAAAAAUAAAAAGUAAAAUAAAAUAAAAAGAAACUGUCCGGGUGAGGUGAGCUGGUUGGUCUGGACUGGUGCAUGCUGUCAUUUCAGUGCUGGUGCUCAUUGUGUGGUCUUUGCUGUUGCUGCCCUUUGGACUUGGAGAGCCGGUGUGGAAGAUAUAGGAGGGCUAGUCUAAGGCAGGCUCCCUAGAUAUCAAAUUAUAGGCAUUUGGAAGCUCGGAAAAAUGAUUGCAUUUCGUCUUCCACGCUUUCUAGCCACUUAAAAUUUUACAUUUCAUUAUAAUUAUUCCAGAGAAAUGUUAGCCUUCGGAUACCAGCCUUCAUUUCGUAUUAUCCACAAGUCAACAAUUGCUAUCAUACACCAGAUGUCUAUCAGGUAUGGGUCACCAUCUACUAUAUACACCCCUCCAUGUGGAUCAUAACUCCUUUAUACAAGGUUCCAUAUACUUGGUUGAUUGGUUCAAGGCAUUGCCAGUAAAUCUGACAAGUCUUCUCUUAGCAUUUCAAAGCUUAGACCUGUUUUAUGUACGCCAGAAAGGCAAAGACUCAGUGAUAUCAUAUUGUGGGCCACUAUUCACUAAACGGAUUUCAAAUUCAAUUUAAACCUGAUUGUCUAA